CCCUGCAUAUGCUUUCCCGACAGUCUUGCGUGCCAUCCAAUCUCCCACUUUUUUAUUCCUCUUCUUUGCUUGCAAUGAGCAAUGGUAUAGCACAUCGAUACAUUGUUCUCCUUUCUUUUUGCACCAUCACUUCAUCAUGACAUGUUCAGAUGCGCAACAUAGCGGAAUUCCCAGCUCGACCCAGAAUUCAGUGAAGCGUCAAGCAGCACCACAUAUUACCGUUCCUAAUUAGUCUUGGCUUUUGGCCCCCGUAAGAUGUCAUCAUGUAUCUCGCCUACGACUUACAUCCAUGAUAUAUUUCCGAGCCUGCCAGAUUUAGCAGUCGCUAAAAUGGAAGCAGAGAAAGUUUCUGAAAUUAGAAAUCACCCGAAUGCUGUGCAGCGAUGCUAAUCUGCGUUCCGGCUUCGCUUCGAUCACCUGAAUGCUGUAGCGGCUGUGCGUACAUACCCUGCGUAUGCACGGUGUUGUCACGACUUUGAGUAGGGCAAGGCUUUGAUUGUUGGACGAAAAUCUGCUAGAAGACGAUGGGAGAGGUGGGGAGUUUAUAGUCGGUAAGGGAAUUAGAAAUUGGUGUUUAAGACUGAGGUCUACUGGUAGGGGAAUCUGGAAAUGCAAUCAGAGAGUGAGAAGAUAUUUUGAAAAGACACCAUCGCCGAAGAAGAAAAUAGAAGAAGUGAAGAGCAAGUUCUAGAACGUUGAAUUAUCUUAACAGUAAACACCACACGUCUUUUUACCAGAGAGAGGAUGGGAGUCAACAACAAAAGAAGUUACGAAUACAACUUCAAAAUUCCGAACCGCGAACUUCCUCGUUUCAUACCGGCGAUCAAGCUCAAAUUUGUCGAGAGCGAGAUUGAUUUCGAUCCUGCGCAGUCGGUGUUUGAUAUAGAGAUUGAGGAAGACUCGGAGGCGUAUAUGUUAGUAGGAAUUUGUGAGGAUAUGAAUAUGACGGAAGUGGAAGAGAUAGAAAAGAGAAAGGGGACUGGGGAGGGUAGUAAGGUGUGUGCUUGAUGUUAUUCUACUAGUGGGCUUGAGGAUGGAGCUUAUGAGAUACUAGGUUCAGGAUGUGGAUGUGAAGGAGAUGAGGAAAGAGAUGGAGGGACUGCAGGGGGUGAAGGAUCAAGGUAUAUGCAUGUCACAAUUUGUAUGAAUGAUAAGAGGACUGAGUAGAUCAUAGAGAACAAAGAGUCGGAUGCUCGUAAAGAGCAGGAAGGGAAGCAUGACAGGAGAAGAAAUUGAUUUUUUCUAUAUAUAUAUACAGAUAUGGGCGUUGGUAUGGCGUAUGAACUUGUGAGUGUAGUACAUCUAUCAUGCAGUUUUGUUCAGUUCCCACAAUCAAUGUGCUAGUUUCAUUGAGGCUUUCGUGGGUCUAUACUAUAUGC